CACGUCAGCCACGGUGCUCCAGGGUUUUGGUAGGUUUUUCCCCUUUCUCGCAAUCCUUGGCUUCGUUUGAUUCCCUCCGCCGCCGCCGCCGGAGACGCGAGCCACGGCACCGCUCCAGCGUUUCUCCCUCGCCCGAGUAGUAAGGGGCGGAGACGAGCAGCGCAGCAAAGAUGUGGUACCUGUGCGUGUUCUACCACAGGCUCCUGGACUACCGGCGGCCGGAGGUGGAGUCCCUCGCCGAGCUCUUCGCCGGCCCGGGCUCCGGCGAAUCCGUCGAGUGGCGCAUGCCGGAGAACCACCACGCCGACUCUCCGUUCCACCUCGUCCGCCUCCCCGGCGACGAGCGCCUCGCCGCCCAGGUCGCCAACCGAAGCUUGCUGGUGAAGGGGAUCUACGAGCUCUGGGGGCAUGGCACCACCUACGAGGAGCUGGAAAAGUCGGUCAGGGAGUACCCCGACGAGAGGAAGCUGCCGUUCCUGACCCCGGACAGCACCUUCAAGAUUGUCGUAGACAGCUUCGGCAAGGUGAUCAGCUCCCAAGAGCAGAACGAGAUCAUGAAGAGCCUCACUUACAUACCAUUCCAGGGCCGUGUUAAUUUGAAGAAACCUGAUCACAAGUUCUUUGUCAUGGAGACAGAUGACUAUGGGUCAAACAAUGGCCUCCCGCCAGUUGUGAAGAGGACUAUAUUCUUUGGCCGAGAGGUUGGAGCGGCUGAUAGGCAUCUCCUGCCAACGUAUCAGCUCAAGAGCAGGAAGUACAUUGGCCCGACUGCAAUGGAUGCUGAAAUGGCUUUUCUCAUGGCCAAUCAGGGUCUCGCGCGGCCUGGAAAGCUCGUUUAUGACCCUUUUGUCGGAACCGGUAGCAUUUUGGUUGCAGCUGCACAUUUUGGAGCUAUGACAAUGGGUGCAGAUAUCGAUAUAAGGGUUGUGCGGGAUGGUCGGGGCCCAGAUUGCAAUGUUUGGAGCAACUUUGAGCAGUACAAGUUACCAGAGCCCUUGUCUUUGCUAAGGGCAGACAACAAUCUCCCACCUUGGCGUCCAGGACUGAAGGAGAUGUUCGAUGCAAUUAUUUGUGACCCACCAUAUGGAGUACGAGCUGGUGGGCGGAAGUCUGGUGGUCGGAAGCUCAUAAAAGGCGUCAAAGGACCUUACACAGUCCCGGAUGAAAAACGGGACAGCCACAUCCCAUCAACCGCACCGUACAGCCUUGCCGAGUGCGUCCAUGACCUCCUUCACCUUGCUUCAAGGAUGCUGGUCAUGGGCGGCAGGCUCGUUUUCUUCUACCCUGUCCUCCGUGGCGAAGAUGGUGCUGCCAGCCCGCAGUUCCCUGAGCACCCCUGCUUCAAGCUGAUUGCCUCCUGCGAGCAGAUACUGAGCUACAGGUACAGCCGGGUGUUGCUGACCAUGGUGAAGGUUGCCCCCUACACCGAGGAGAUUGCGAGGGUGGCUGAGGAGCGGCACCGGGAGUUCAGGGAGAACCACCAGAAGUGGAUGGAAGAGGGCAACCUCCACUCCGCCGUGUUUGAGCCAGCGGCGCAGGAUGGGAAACCUGAUAAAGACUUGAAGCCCAAGUACAGAGGCAAGUACGUGUAGCAGCAGAGAUGCUAACUCGUUGAAUUUACUGUAACAGAAGGCAAUUUUGUUGGCGUUCUGUUCUGUAUACUUUCAGUUAGAGCCCCUUGUGCUGAAUUGUAUGACAUCGAACGUUAACAGGAGCUGUGGGAUGUACGAUUUCAGAGUUUGGUGUUAGGCUGGUAAAAUCCUUUUGAUGGGAAUGAAACUGUAAUUGUAACUUAAAUUUUGCAUGAACUGUAUUUUUUAGCUAACAUCAUGGCUUGGAUGA